CUUGUCGGGCUGAAUAUUUUGAUAUGGGCCCGAGCCAGGAUCAACUACGUCUUCAUAUUCGUUGGAUUACCGCACACGGCUUAACCACCGAGAGUAUUUCGAGAUACCUUGUAUUCUUUUCACGACGUUGUGUUACACGUUCUGGUUUUCAUUCGCACGCAUCGGUGCUCCUUCUGUUCACCCCACAAUAUGGCCUGCAGUCUGGUUAGGUUUCGCUGCCGUACUCCUCUUCGACCCAUUACCUAUGGUCUUCAGAUCUUCGAGGUUCUGGCUUGUACGAAAUGUCGGCCGACUGCUCAUCCCGGGUGUACAGCGUGUAGAGUUUACCGACUUCUGGAUGGGGGAUCAGUUCUGCAGUCUCGUAUUCACGCUCUCGAACGUGUAUCUCUUUUUUUGUUCGUAUGCCCAAGGCUUCGACCAGUGGCGACAAUGUGGUGCCAGUUCGAAAAAUUGGCCAAUCAUCUUCGUUUUGGCGAUGCUUCCUCUUUUGUCCCGUCUUAUACAGAGUGUUAGACGUUAUGCGGAUUCUCAUCUGAUCACGCAUCUGAUAAAUGGUGGAAAAUACGGGUCUGGAAUCAUCAGUUAUCUCUUCUAUUUCCUCUGGAGACAUCAAGGUGGCAAUCACGGUGCAACUUUCGCCCUUUGGUGCCUCUUCAACACCAUCUAUUCCUCAUAUGCUUCGUCAUGGGAUCUUCUGAUGGAUUGGUCAGUGUUGAAAGCGCAUGCUAAACAUCCCCUGCUACGGAACGACCUUCUGUAUUCCAACUAUGUUCCUUCAUAUUAUUUUGCCAUCAUAUCGAAUGUUAUCAUCAGGUUUAUCUGGGUCAUUUACAUUCCCCAACGGGGACCCGAUUUUUACCUGAGAGCCUUUAUUGCUGGGAUACUGGAAUCCGUACGCCGAGUACAAUGGAACUUUUACCGACUGGAGAAUGAACAUCUUGGUAAUAUGGAUCAGUAUCGAGUAACACGAGAAGUCCCACUACCCUAUUCAUUGGACGAUAUGAAGCGUGAAACGGACGAUGACGAUGUAGACGACUCCCACUAGAAUAUUGCAUUCUGGAAAUUAGAGCUCCCAUGAGCAGGGAAGGU